AUGAUAAAACCGAACCAACAGCGACCCCGGAAGUUCUCGACCGUUUCGAGUGUGACCGUCUCCACGCCGAACGUGGACGAGGCCCGCUCGGAACUCGCGUCCCAGCGUCAACGGCGGUACGGUUUCAAGCGGGAGCUGUUCCACCUCUUCAACACCAUCACCGCCCACUGCUACCGGCAGCUGGCGCAACCCGAUCGGACCGUCUGGGAGCGGCUGUUCUGGCUGCUGGUGCUCAUCCUCGAAGCGGCCACGCUCGUCGCGAUCAUCAUCUCCGCCUGGGGCAAGUUCACCGAGAACCCGCUCAUUACCACGCUGCACGAUACGCUCUACCCGAUCGAGCUCGUUCCGUUUCCGGCCAUCUCGCUGUGCAACAACAAUCGGAUCUCGCGCACGGCCGCCCACCAGUACGCCCGGCAGCUGGCCCGGCGCGAUCCGGAGCGGCGCAACGCCAGCUACUUCCUCGAGCAGAUCCUGCUGCUCGGCAAGCUGUACGAUUUUGACUUCGAGAACGUCCACCAGAUGACCCGGUUCCAGGAGUUUCUUGACCUGAACGACGUCACCAAUGCGACCGGCAUGUACAGUGCGUUGGAUACGCUCGAGCGGCUAUCGCCCCGCUGCGAGGACAUGCUGCUGCGGUGCUUUUGGAAAAGCAUCGAGCUACCCUGCAUGCUCAAGAACGACAUGGUCGAGGUGCGCCGCACGCAAUACGGAUUCUGCUGCACGUUCAACUUCAUAGGACACAACGAGGACAACGAGAUACAUCCACCGUCGUACUUUCUGGACGUCACCGGACCGGAAAUGGGACUGGUGCUACUACUGAAUGGAUCCUCUAAUGACUAUUUCUACAACUUGUUCAACAACAUCGGUUUCAACGUACGAAACAGCAUCCGAAAUCCGACGAACCCCGUGCCCCAGCCGGCCUGUAACCUACCGUUCGACUCUUUCCCGUUUCACGCUUUCGAUAUUUUUCGGCAGCUUCAGAUUUUCAACCCCACCGAGGUACCGGACAUGACGUCGGGCGGAAUCACCGAGCAGUUUAUCCACCUCGGCACGGAGACGUUCAUCCGGGUGGACGCCAUCACCAUCAACAGCGAGCCGGAUGUGCUGCGCUACUCGAGACAGAAGCGCCAGUGCGUGUUCCGCAACGAGCUGCUCAAGUACGGUGGCAGAUACGGCCGGAGUAACUGUGUCGCGGCCUGCCGCAUCCGCAGCGUGCUGGCCCUGUGCGAGUGCGUACCGUUCUACAUGCAUACGGCCGGCAGUAUCGCCGGCGGCAGGUCCUUGACGACCUGCAACCUGCAGCACAUCGCCUGCCUGAACAAGUACAAGAUUAAAUGGUCCACCGUGAUAACGGACAUCGUGCGCAUCCCGGGGCUGGAGAAGGAGAUGGAGGAGUCGCUCUACUGCCCGGAGUGUUUGCCCCCGUGCUCGGACAGCAAGUAUCAGAUCACGGCCUCGGAGCUGCCCCUCAUCCGGACGCACCGGGACGGCUUCAGCGUUACCGCCGGCAUCGAGCAGGUGGCCGACGUGAGCGUCGUGCGGAUCUUCUUCGGCCAGCCGGAAACGUGGAUGUACAAGCAGGACGUCGCCUACUACUGGUUCGAGAUAUUCAGCAACUUUGGCGGAAUGUUCGGCAUCAUGGCCGGCAUGUCGCUGAUCACCCUGACGGAGGCUGUUUACUUUGUGGCCCGCCAGCUGCUGCUGCUGGUGUACACGAGCCGCACGUGGAGCGCCCGGCGCCGUCAGCGGCAACCGGCCACCCUGCAGCUGCUCGAAUGA